AUGAAGACUUUUGACAAGAUGGAUGCUGUAUGUGUGGAUUACGCUAAUAGAAUUGACAAAUGCCAGUGUUCUUCUGUACUUCUGGAUUCUGAUAAUAUCAAACAGCAUUUAUCAAAUCAUAGCAAAAUCGGAUAUCUCUCAAUGAUCAUAUUGCAAGAACCCGAAUCCUUCACAUAUGAUGAAAAUUCGUGUAUUACAAGUUUUGAAUGUCCUUACCUUAAGUAUGUAAUAUUUCCAGACGGAUAUGAAUUUUCGCAGAGAAGUCUCAAAUUGGAAUGCGAUCUAAAUACGAGCCGAUUCACAGUUCAAAUGGCAGUAAAUGGGAAGAAUAUUACUGAAACUGUCCCAAUUGCGUAUAUUGCAUGCUAUCCAAUGCAGCCUCCUAGGAACCCACCAAUUGAUGAACCAAUUAUCAAUUUUUUAUACUUUUCUGUCUCAAAUUUUACUUGA